AUGUCGUUGGAAAAAGCAAUCAAUAUUGCAGAGGUCGCUAUCGAUUUUGACAAUAAAGAACAAGACUUUGACGCUAUUACGAAAUAUAAAGAAGCUAUUUACUACUUGAAAUUGGCGCACAAAGACCCAGUUAAUGCAGAGAGUUACUCAGUCAUAUUAGACAAAAUAGUCGAGUACUCGGAUAGAAUCACUUAUUUGGCCGAUUUACAUCCAGGAGAAGCUAACUUUAUAGAGCUGAUUAAGUCUAAUCCAAAUUAUGAUGGAACACAACAACCCCAACAACCUACUAAACAACAAGAACCAAUACCACCUCAACCACCUCUCCCUGAAAAAACAUAUCAACAACCAAAACCAGAAGUACCAAAGAAAGAAGAACCAAUUCCACAACAACCCGUUCAACCAGAAUUCACUCCUAUUCACGACGAGGCACUGUUUAACCCACCAAUACAACAAGUCUCUACCAUCGAACCAGUCCAACAAAAAGUCGAACAACCUGUUGAACAGAAAAUAGCAGAACCACAACAACAAAAGGUCGAACCAAAAAUUAUCCAACCGUCAUUCCCAAAUCCACAAGAAGAAGUCCAUCAACAAGAAGCACCAAAAGAAGAACACAAAAUGCCGGCUGGCGCUGUUAAGGUGAUGCCAACAGUGGAAGUCACACCAAAAGCUGAACAACCAAUUGCGCCAGUAGCAACUCAACCUGCUAACACUGCUACACAACAACAAAUGUUACAAAUGCAACAAAUGGCACAGAUGCAGCAAAUGAUGAGUUCAAUGGGAGGAAUGCAGAUGUCAUAUGUGAUGACUCCACAAGGUCCAAUGAUGAUGCCAAUGAUGCAACAAAUGAAUGGAGGCGCACAACCACAAUUUCCAAUGCAAAGCGUGAACCCCAUGCAACAGUCACAACCAAUUUUCCCACAGUUUGGCGCUAAUGGCAAUCAAACUACUUUGGCAGCAAACGCGUCUGCAGCGGCCCCAAUAUCUCAAAACCAACAAACAAAUAUUCCACAGAAACCUAAAGUGCCAAAACAAAGUACAACGGCAUCAAGAACGGCGUAUAUUAGAACAAAGUUGUCGCUACAACACCCAUCCACUGUGAAUGGAUUGAAGGCUUGGAAACUUGCAAAACCUCUAGCGGAAAAGGGAAAGGAGUUUGACAAUAAUAUGAAGUACGCAGAUGCACUUGCUUACUAUGAAACUGCUUUGGACUACUUUGCACAAGCACUGAGGGCACCCGACUUGACCGACACGAUGAAGAAACAAUUGAGAGAAGACACCAAAAUGUAUUUGGAAAGAGCUGAGACGGUAAAACCAGUGGUCACUCAAUUUUUGAAAGAGAACCCAAGUUACUUUGGGGAUUAUGAAAAUGAAGACGACGCUCGCCUGGAGACAUGCAUUGUCUGUAAUAAACAUAUUGAUGGAGAGUUUGUGAAUGCACUUGGGUAUAACUAUCACCCACAAUGCUUUGUGGCUAACGUCAACUGCAAAUUGUGUGGUAAACCGUUUUCAUUCCCUAAAAUGGAGUUUAAAAUAUACAAUGACCAGGCUUACCACCCUCUUUGCUUUGAAGGUGUGACUGGCCUUGAGAAGGAAGUGACGUACUCCCCUAUGUUUGGGAAAGGAAAUAUUUUCUAUAAAGUGAAAUUGCCAAAGAAGAUAUUCAACGUGAAUGAAAGUUUCAUGUAUGACGUCACUAUAGACAAUUCGACAAGUUCUAUGAUCAACUACAUUGAAGCAUUUUUGGUGUGCGAGGAGACUCGAUUCAGUCGUUCGUUCUCCGGGGAGAUGAAGGGCGAAACGACUAAAACGGAAAUGGCGAAGAAAAAGAUCAUGUUCGAAGGCGGGAUGAUGAAAAAUGGGGUAGUCACUAAGAGUGAAAUGUUUGCGCUUGGGAUGGUGAGACCAUCGCACCACAACGACAUAAUGUUUUACCGAGGAUACAAAUUUGUCAUUUCAUUGAAGGUCUCUGGCGUGGCGCUGGGGCCAGAUGACAUCUUCUUCCCAAUUUACAUCAAUGAAUAA